GGAAGCGGGUAGUGCGGAGCACACAAAAAAUACACGUGCAAUCAUCUUCUUAAGGAGCCGGAAAACGCUGUCGAGUCUCAGUCGUUCUCUGUCUUUUCAUACGAACCAGCCGUCUCGUUUUUGUUGUCUGAAUUAUACAAAUUUGAAGGAAGAAGGUGGAAAAUGAGCAGUUCAGUAUGUUACAAGUGUAACGAGACGGGUCACUUUGCCCGUGAAUGUAGCCAAGGCGGAGGCGGUGGUGGAGGUUACGGCGGAGGUGGCUUCGGUGGGUCACGUGGAGGACGAGGUGGCCCACGUGGUGGUAGUGGUGGAGGCGGCUUCGGCCGUGGUGAGUCAUCAUGCUACAAUUGCAACAAAUCCGGCCAUAUUGCCCGCGAUUGCCCCGAAUCUGGAUCCAAAUCUUGCUACAACUGCGGUAAAAGUGGACACAUUUCCCGUGAAUGCGACGCACCUGACAACCGUGGAAGCGGUGGUGGUGGUGGACGUGGUGGCGGUGGCGGAUACGGUGGACAAAGCCGCGACUGCUACAGCUGUGGCAAGUCUGGACACAUUUCUCGCGACUGCCCUGAUGGCGGCAGCGGAGGCCGAGGUGGUGGCGGAUAUGGAGGUGGAGACCGUAAAUGCUAUGGAUGCGGAAAUUCUGGACACAUCUCACGAGAUUGCCCGAAUUCCAACCGCGGCGGAGGUGGAGGUGAUGAUGAUGAGGCCAACUACCGAUAAACAGAAGAAACAAGAUAUUUUUUUCUCUUUGUGUCGAGAUGUCAUGUAAUCUUCAAGCUGGUGGUUUUUUCAUCUUUAUGUGUCGUUUCGAAUUUCGCAUCACGAACGUAAUUACACGGUGGUAAAAGAA